AUGGGAGAGAAGGAAAGGGAUAGUUUCAGAGAUUUGACUUUGAGGUGUAGGCGGCAAGGUUUGGUUUUCUUUGACGCUGGGUAUUCGCGGGAGGGAAAACUGGCAACCGUUUUCCAAAUUUUCAUCACCUACCACGGUCGAGUAACUGAAAAUCAAGAACUGCUGCCUUAUCGUCGAAGGAGCAGUACUCCAUUACGGGAAGGACAGAUGUCUGGGAAUUCAAAGAGAUUGAUGAUCGGCUCCACAGCUCCUACUUGCACGUAUAAUGAAUGUAGAGGAUGCAAAUACAAGUGUAGAGCUGAGCAAGUUCCUGUGGAGGGAAAUGACCCAAUAAACAGUGCAUACCACUACAAAUGGACUCCAAACUUGGAAAAUAUUGGGGCCAAUGCCCAGGAGUAG